AUGUUAUACUUUACGUAUCUCAACAUCCAAAAAUUUGCUGAUCCGAACAUUGUACAUCUAUCAAACGUGCAGCACAACGAGUCCGAAUUCAGUUCCGGCAAGAACAUCUUCUUCAUCGUGUCCACCCUGUCACCCCGAGGAGAGAUCAAAUUGACCGCCAGGCAGGCCUGCUCCAUCGAAUCCGCUGCUCGAACCAACCCGGAUUGGAGCAUUUUCCCACUUUUUGUGACCGCCACGUGGUUCAACGCUUUGAACAACGAGUUCAUCAGUCCACUUCUUCGUUAUGGAAACAUCCACUUGAGAACCGUAGAUUUGGAGACUUUUGCCUUGGGAACUCCACUAGAAGACUUGUUCGCGAGGCACGCCUUGCAGAAGUCGAGCUACCCCGUGGAACACACGUCCGAUGUUCUGCGGCUGUUGGUGCUCUACAAAUACGGCGGAACCUAUCUGGACACGGACGUAGUCUUGCUGAAAUCGUUUGAUCUGCUGCGACCAAACUUCCUCGGUUCGGAAGGUCAUGGUUACGUGGCCAACGGAGUCAUCAACCUGCAGGCCACCGGUGAUGGACAUCGCUUCGCAGAAGCUUGUAUCAACGACCUCGCGCAAAACUUCAACGGCACGGUUUGGGCCGCCAACGGACCAUUUUUGGUCACCCGAAAUCUACGCCGGUUUUGCAACGUCUCCGAUGUGGCCAGCAUGUCCCGGGAGCGGUGCGGAGGUCAACUGACCGUCCAUCCGCCAGAUGUGUUCUACCGGAUUCGUUAUCCUCGCCACGAGUGGUUCUUUGAGCCGGAACGUACAGACGCGGUGAUGACGGCGGUCCGGGACGAUAUUCUGGUGCACGUGUGGAACAAGGCGACGGGUGGAAUUCCGUUGAAGGUGGACGGGACGACCGCUUACGUGAAGCUUGCCCAUGAGUUCUGUCCGAAUGUUAUUAAAGGUUGUGAUGAGUUCUUCUAGUUGUUUGAUACAUUUUUCAUUUGGUUUACUGAAUUAAAUAAAAGUUACAAAAAUGCA